AUGGCCAGGUCCACCCCCAAGCGCGAACGAUCCCAAGACAAGCCUGCUCCGGCCAAGAAGCCACGCGUCGCCAAAGGAAAGGUCUGGCCGCCAGCCGAUAUCGAACCUUCUCUCCACCCCGCCCGACAUGGCCACCCUGUCUUUGAACUCCCCGCCCUCACAACCUCUCCCAAUGGAGGUAUCGCCCCUCCCAGCGAUCGUCCCCAGCCAAUGCUUCUUGGAGCCCACGUAUCUUCUGCCGGUGGUGUUGGUACUGCGCUGCUCAGAGCAGGACUUGCAGGUGCCAACGGUCUUGCGUUCUUUGUCAAGAGUCAAAGGCAGUGGAAGAGCAAGCCGUACGAGGAUGAGGUUGUUGACAAGUUUAGAGAACUCAUGAAGAGCAAGGAAGAAGGUGGUAUGGGCUAUGGGCCGGAAAGCAUUCUUGUACACGGCAGCUACCUCAUCAAUCUCGGUAAUCCUGACCAGGCCAAAUGGGAAACUUCUUAUGAAUGCUUCCGAGACGACAUUGCCCGAUGCCAUCAACUCGGCGUCAAGCUCUACAACUGGCACCCGGGAUCCACCGUCGGCGCUUGUACCAAAGAAGAAAGCUUUGCCUCCGUUGCCAAAGCUAUCAACCAAGUCCACAAGGACGUUCCUGAAGUCAUCACCGUCAUCGAAAACAUGGCCAACGCCGGCUCCAACAUUGUCGGCACAGCGUGGUCCGACCUGGCAUCCAUGAUCGCUCUCGUCGAAGACAAGUCCCGCGUGCGAGUGUGUAUCGACACUUGCCAUACUUUUGCUGCCGGGUACGAUCUCCGGACAGAAGAGGCGUACAAGAAGACAAUGAAGGAGUUUGAUGAAGUGGUUGGGAACAAGUACUUGGCUGGAGUGCAUCUGAACGACUCGAAGGCGGACUUGGGAGCCAACAAGGAUCUACAUGAGAACAUUGGACUGGGCAAAAUCGGUCUGACCGCCUUCCGUUUACUCAUGCGCGAUCCUCUCAUGGCCGGCAUCCCCAUCGUCCUUGAAACUCCUGCCCCGGACGGUCCCACCCCCUCCGACCACGUCUCCAUCUGGUCCAAAGAGAUCGCCAUGCUCUACGAAAUCCAGGCCAUCCCUGACGACGAGUGGGACACCAAAAAGGUCGAAAUCGAGGCAAGGUGGAGAAAAGAGCGGGAUGCCAUCAAUCCGCCAAAGGAGAAGAAGAAGCCUGCACCAAAAGGGAAGGCGAAGAAGGGGAAGAAGGCGGAAAGUGAGGAAGAUGAAGAGUAG